CUGUUCCCAUCACAUUGCAGAGGCAGGAAACGAAUUCAUUUAAAACAUAUAUUGUCAAUAAUUUCAAAUACCUUUUGUCGGCAUGGCCAUACAGCCUGUUCAUUAAGCGUGAGUAGACACAUUUUUUCGGAUGUAAUGCACAUUACAUUAUUGUUUUCCUACCCAGGCUCCUUCCCAUCAUCAGUGCUUAAAGCCAGUGCCAAGAUGAGGCCCCUCAAAGACGCCCAGCUGGGGGCCUUCACCUUUUUCGCUUCAGCUCUCCCUCAUGAUGUCUGUGGGAGCAACGGCCUCCCUCUCACCCCCAACUCUAUCAAAAUCCUGGGACGUUUCCAGAUCCUCAAAACCGUCACUCACCCCAGACUCUGCCAGUAUGUGGACAUCUCCAGAGGGAAACAUGAGCGGCUGAUUGUUGUCGCUGAACACUAUGAAAGCGGUUUAAGUGAUUUCCAAAAACAGGGGAAAACAGUCAGCCCAGAGAAGGUGCUGCAGAUCGCCUAUGAGGUCCUUGAAGGUCUGGAGUUUAUGAACAAACACGGUAUGGUGCACAGAGCCCUCAGCGCACACAAUGUGCUCAUGGACUGCAAGGGGAACGUCAAGCUGGCAAAGUUUGGCCUUUAUCACAUGACUGAUCAUGGGGCCGAUGUAGAUUUUCCCAUUGGGUACCCGUCGUACCUCGCUCCGGAGGUGAUCGCUCAGGGCUCCUUCCAUCCCAGUGACUCUUCCCAUGAUGAAGCUCCUCUGCCAUCAGGACCCAAGACUGACGUCUGGUCUCUUGGGGUUUUGCUCUUUGAAUUAUGCGUGGGAAGACGACUGCUGCAGAAUAUUGAUAUAAGUGAGAGAUUGAAGUUCAUUCUAACCUUGGGUUGCAUGGACGACAUUGUCACCGUCCUUGCCGAGGAGCACGGCUGCCUGGAUACCAUUAAGGAGCUGCCUGAGAAUGUUCUGGAGUUAUUAAGGAAAUGCUUGACAUUUCUUCCAUCCAAAAGGCCGACCCCUGUCGAGCUGCUGGGAGACUCUGUGUUCAGUGGCAUCUCCUGCCUCUAUACGCCCUUCCAGAAGCCCGUUAGUCUGUUCUCUUCUUCUCUGCGCUGUGCACAUCUAGAGCUCCCAGAAGACAUCAGUGACCUUUGCAAAGACGAUGAUGACGACUACCUGUCGGAGCGGGCCAUAGAUGAGGUGUACCAUCUGUGGUGCCUGGCGGGGGGAGACCUGGAGAAGGAGCUGACCAACAAGGAGAUCAUACUGUCCAAACCUCCAAUCUGCACACUGCCAAAUUUUGUCCUGGAAGACGGGGAGUCAUUUGGCCAGGGAAGAGAUCGGAGUUUCUUGCUUGACGACACAACAGUGACGCUGUCUCUGUGCCAACUCAGAAAUAGGCUGAAGGAUGUCGCAGGAGAAGCCUAUUACCCUCUACUGGAAGACGAACAGUCAAGUUUGCCCCAGUCCAACAGCAGCAAUGAGCUGUCGGCCACCGUCACGCUCCCACUCAUCAUCCGCGAGAGAGACACCGAAUACCAACUCAUCCGCAUCAUCCUCUUUGACAGGCUGCUCAAGGCCUAUCCUUACAAGAAGAACCUCGUAUGGAAAGAGGCCAGAGUGGAUAUUCCUCCUCUUGUUCGAGGCCUGGCGUGGGCAGCACUGCUGGGCAUUGAGGGAGACAUUCAAGCCAAGUAUGAGAGCAUAGACAAGGAUACUCCCAUACCAACUGACAGACAGAUUGAGGUUGACAUCCCACGCUGCCACCAGUACGAUGAGCUGCUGUCGUCUCCUCAGGGCCACAUCAAGUUCAGGCGUGUGCUGAAAGCCUGGGUGGUCUCCCACCCCGACCUGGUCUACUGGCAGGGUUUGGAUUCACUUUGUGCCCCGUUCCUGUACUUGAAUUUCAAUAAUGAAGCCCUGGCUUAUGCCUGCAUGUCUGCCUUCAUCCCCAAGUACCUGUACAACUUUUUUCUGAAGGACAACUCUCAUGUCAUUCAAGAGUACUUGACCGUCUUCUCCCAAAUGAUUGCCUUCCAUGACCCAGAGCUAAGCAACCAUCUAAAUGAGAUUGGCUUCAUCCCAGACCUUUAUGCUAUUCCAUGGUUCCUGACUAUGUUUACACAUGUGUUCCCGCUGCACAAGAUCUUCCACCUGUGGGACACACUGCUGCUGGGUAACUCCUCUUUCCCGUUCUGUAUCGGCGUGGCCAUAUUGCAGCAGCUCAGGGACCGUCUCCUGGCCAACGGCUUCAAUGAGUGCAUCCUGCUCUUUUCUGACCUGCCAGAAAUUGACAUUGAACGCUGUGUUCGUGAAUCCAUCAACCUCUUCUGCUGGACUCCAAAGAGCGCUACAUACCGGCAACAUGCUCAGCCGCCAAAAGCCGCCGGCGACAAUGGCUUCAGUAAAACAACAACAUACUACUCGUCUGACUACCAGGACAUGCCCAAGACAGACCUGUCUCGGGAGCCUCUGGCGCUGUGUGACCUGAAAGCAGAAGUCUCCCCGAGGAUCUCGGCCGAGGACUUAAUCGACCUCUGCGAGCUGUCAGUGGCAGGGCCCACCAAAAGGACCAGAGCCGGCAAGCCCAAAAUCGUUGCUGUCGACAUCCGCAGUGUGGAGGACUUCAGCAGAGGCCAUAUUUCUGGCAGCAUCAACAUUCCCUUCAGCACGGCGUUCGGCCCUGACGGUGAGCUGGUGCAGUGUCCUACGACGGGAGUCCUCCAGAACUACAAAGGACGCGUCAUUGUGGUCAUUAGCCAUGUCAUGAAAAGUGCUGCCAUGUUUGCAGCACACCUAGCCAAGGUAAAUUUCCCACGGGUUUGUAUCCUGGAUGGAGGGAUCAACAAGCUGAAGCCCACUGGACUCCUGACCGUCCCCUCCCCUCAGAUCUGACCCCAGACCUCAGCUUCACGUGAACAAAAAGGACAAGUGGAAAGACUGUUGAAUAGGUUUUUGAGCUGAUAUUACAGCAAAGAACAAAUUCAGACUUUUUUUAUACAUUCUUUUUUUAAACUGUGGUGCAAAAUGCAUUUAAAUAAUUAACCCAGUUUGAGUGAAAUAUCCUUUUAAAAUUAUUUUUUAUUAUUUUCUGUCUCACAACAAGAAUGAUUUUUUUUUUUUUCUGGAACAACUUCUAAAGUGUUGUAGUGGCUUUGCACUGAUAAAUUCAGCUGUUUGUGACCAAUAUAAAUAUCUUAAUGUGUGUCAACCGGUCUGUUCUGAGCCAUGUGAUCUAGAUAAUUAUUUUGUACACUAAGUGGCCACUUUAUUAGGUACACCUGUACAAUUUAAUGCAAUCCAAUACACCUGUUCUGCCAUAAAAUGUUCUUUUAAUAUGUCUGUAAUAACAGUGAGAGAGGUGAUCUAUGUAUGUUAUAUGUUCUAGCAUGGACUAGGUCAUGGUUAGUGUUGGUGUAGCUGACUGCAUUAUAUUCAGAGGUGUUUCUAGUGUUCUGUCCCCCUGAUGUAUGUAAAUAUGGAGGACAAAUAGUUAUAAACAUCACUAGUUUACUUUGCCAUCCUUAACUAUGACACUAGGGCAUCAGUAACAAUCAUAGAAUUGAUAUACACUCUCAUAUCUGACCAAGCAGUUUGAUUGGACAAGAGGCUUGCAUGAGUGCUGAUGUAGAUUAUAACAGCACUGGGAUGUUUAACUAUGCAUGCAUCACUCUGCUUUACAGGUGUUGCAAACCAAUAAUUGCGUUAACCAUCAGGGUCGUUGAAACAAAUUUUGUACCGCAAGGAGAAAGACAUUUUCAUGUAUAAUGUGAAUUAAAUACUGAAUAGUCAUCAGGAAAGGACAGAGGGAGGGAAAGAGGCCUCAUAACAUAACUCAUAACAUAACCUACAGAUACAUGAUGCAAAGUAGCUGGCCUGUGGUAAUGUGUAGACCUACACAAAGUAGCAAUCUAUCAUGCAAGAAACUGAAUGUGUUGCUUGGCAAGAGUCCAGUUCCAGUCCAGUUGCAGAACUAUUUCUGCUGGUGCAGGCAAAUACAUUUUUAAAUAAACAAAGAAAUCAUAAUUUGUUGUUGGUUUUUACCGUUACCUUAUAUAGGGCACUUGUAGCACACACUCAAGGUCAUGGUGUUGUACCUAAUAUCAGCACGGUUUUGAGGCUUCAGGCUGUACUUGGUAAAUGUAGAUACAUUUAUAGCAGAGCUGUUGUGUUAACUUGCAACUGAUUGCAGGCGUACCUCAUGAAGAUGCCACUUAGCUUAUGUUUGUGCUGAAAAACAAAAAUGAUACCACAUUAAUUUGUGCAUUUUGUGAUUUCAUACAUAGUAUUUGCAUUAACCUUGUUUACCUGUCACUGAAUUGUCUACCGUACUGUAUGUUCUGUUGUAUGUAAUUGCUAUGCCAUUGACAUUGGUAUCAUGUUACAGUUGUUUUUAAUAAAACAUUCUGAUAAGUCUGGAUAAACUGUGUAAGUGAAGGCCUUGUUUUUUGUUUUCUAAUAUUUUUAGUUCACUGUAAUGAUCUCUCAUUUAAUGUUGAAUAAAGCUGCCUGUGGUUUUGCAG